CUAAUUCAUUCCAAAAUCUAUAGGACAUCUCCAACUUUGAAACCGCUACACCAGAGCAAGCGUGCGAACCUCGAAGACUUGUUACCUCAGCCCCACGUUUGAUGGAAUGAAAAAGAUUAGGACAAAGACUUCAUCACCUGAAAAAGUUAGAAAGAGGUGCGAGAAAGAGGCUCAGCGGCGAUGUUCAAGCUUUGAAUGGCUCCCCGUCGAAGAUCUCGCUGUAUAUACCCCCGACUCCGAUACACAGUUUCUAGCCGUGAACUUCCACAGCUCUGACCCUACGAUCGUAUACAUCCACGAGCUCGCAGAGUCCAAGUUUGUGGAGUCAGUUGGCAGCGACAGGGAAGAGCAUACUGUCAUAAUACCAUGGAAGGCUGGUCAAUUUUUGAAAUGCUAUGGCUCCUGCCAAGUUGGGGAAGUAAAGCUAUUGCCUAGCGAAUCAACUUCUGUAUGAAAUGUUUGUUUCUGGCAGUCAAACGCAGAGCUGUUUCGGGGGAGCAGUGAAAGGUCAAAAACGGGCGAGCUCCCUCCACAGUGGGUAUCGUGACGCGAAUUUCGUCUUCCAUAUCAUCUUGCUCUAAGAGCACCCGCAUCGCGUCUAGUCUAGAUACUUGGUACGCCUGACUCAGAAUAGUACCUAGCAAAUGUCAGAGUGAACUUGGAGACGAGCAGU